CUCCUUUUUUGCCCUUGAGAGAGUAGAUUGGGUUCAUACUAAAAUCAUUCCAAAGAGGCUCGGUGCAAAUGCAGAAUACCCAGUGGUGUGAAUUCACAGAUGACCACACAAGGAAAGACAGUUACAGGUAAGCAACCUAUUAUUCUUGUCAGUCCGUUCACCACAAAUAUCUUGGACUUUCAUUCCACCUUUGCUUGCUCUUCACCACUUGUGAGGUCAGCGGGCUUUUAAUUUGAGUGUUGUUUUCCAUCUCCUCUUUCUCCUUUUAGCCUCUGCCAGCCCUUGAGGAGGCUGUUGUGUGGCUCUCUGAGAAGGAGUGGAGUGCCCUGGUGGGCUUGGUGUGUAGAAGAUACAGUGGAGACUGGUGAGAACAUGGCACCCAGAAAUCAGCAGAAGAAACACAAGAAGCCAGCUGUAACAAAGCCUGGUGCGGAAAAACAGGUGUCUGGAAAGCAAAAGAGAACGAAAACAGGGGAGAAACCAUAUAAAUGCAUGGAAUGUGGAAAGGGCUUCAGCCAGAAAGCAAGUCUACGUGUACAUCAAAGAAUACACACAGGAGAGAAGCCAUACAAAUGCAUGGAAUGCGGAAAGAGCUUCAGCGAUGGUGGAUCAUAUAAGAAACAUCUAAAGGCUCACACAGGAGAAAAACCAUAUAAAUGUAUAGAAUGUGGAAAGAGCUUUGGUGACCGUACACAACUUUGUACACAUCAAAGAACACACACAGGGGAGAAACCAUACGAAUGCAUGGAAUGUGGAAAGGGCUUCAGUCAGAACGGAAAUGUACUUAAACAUCAAAGGACACACACAGGAGAGAAGCCAUAUGAAUGCAUGGAAUGUGGAAGGAGCUUCAAUUGCAAUGAGACUCUACGUUCCCAUCAAAGAACCCACACAGGAGAGAAACCCUAUGAAUGCAUGGAAUGUGGAAAGGGCUUCAGUCAGAGCGGAAGUCUACUUAUACAUCAAAGAACACACACAGGAGAGAAGCCAUACAAAUGCAUGGAAUGUGGAAGGAGCUUCAGUACUGGUGGAAGUCUACGUUUGCACCAAAGAACCCACACAGAAGAGAAACCCUAUGAAUGCAUGGAAUGUGGAAAGGGCUUCAGUGAUAGAGGAGGAUAUAAUCAACAUCAAAGGAUUCACUCAGGCGAGAAGCCCUACAAAUGCAUAGAAUGUGAUAAAACCUUCAGGUGCCGUUCAAAUCUGCUGACACAUCAAAAAACACACAGAGGAGAGAAACCAUACAAAUGCAUAGUGUGUGGAAAGGGCUUCAGUAGAACUGAUCAUCUGCGCGUACAUGAAAGAACGCAUUCUGGAGACAAACCCUAUAAAUGCACGGAAUGUGGAAAGAGCUUCAGUCAGAUGGCAAAUCUACGUGUCCAUGAAAGGACACACACAGGGGAGAGACCAUAUGAAUGCACAGUAUGUGGAAUGAGCUUCCGUGAUAAAGGCUCAUGUAAUAAACAUCUAAGGACCCACACAAGGGAGAAACCAUAUGAAUGUGUGGAAUGUGGAAAGAGUUUCAGUUGCAGUGGAAAUCUACAUAUACAUCAAAGAACUCACACAGGGGAGAAACCGCAUGAAUGCAAGGAAUGCGGGAUGAGUUUCUCUACUAGUAGCAGUUUGCGGUCGCAUCAAAGAACCCACACUGGGGAGAAACCUUAUGAAUGCAUGGAGUGUGGAAAGAGCUUCAGUUGCAGUGGAAGUCUACAUUCCCAUCAAAGAAUCCACACAGGAGAGAAACCAUAUCAAUGCCUGGAAUGUGGAAAGUGUUUCAGGGACAGAGGACAUUUGCGAUCUCAUCAUACGACCCACACAGGGGAAAAGCCAUAUAAAUGCAUGGAAUGUGGAAAGGCCUUCAGCAAAAGUGACCGUUUACAUGCCCAUCAUAAGGCCCACAUGAGAAAAACCACAUAA